UUGUGAUGUCAGCUGAUCCUGAAAGGUUUUUUGGUGCUUGGCCACAUCACAUCGAAAAGCACCUUGGAAACAUUCAAAACCUUAUUUCAUGAAAAAGCCCACUGAUAAUACUGAAAACCGGGCAUUUGUCUUUUUUAGGCGGAUUACACGUCUCUCUUGCCAGGUUUGGAACGCAUCUCAUUCAGAGGAGGAGGCGUACAUAGCUGCGGGUUUGUUCUGCAUUGCUUGUGCGACACACGGUGAUUGGAUGCACAUGCCAGCCAGUGACGCCGGAGCGGGGGGCUUGAACGCGACCAUGUCCGAGAAGGACAUUAGGCAAGAGACAACACUGGCUGCGUACUCCCCAGUCGAUUACAUGAGCAUUACGAGCUUCCCCCGUCUGCCCGAGGAGGAUGCCGCCUCUGCGGAGAACAACCUCCGGUCCCGUAAAGAUGAGGAUGCCUUCCUCAGCGAGCAGGAUACGGAUCCAGACCUGUUCCUCAAGUCUGCCCGGCUGCAGCGCCUGCCCUCAUCAGAGCUGGGCAGUCAGGACGUGUCCCCCCUGCGGGAGACGCACCGGGACCCGCUGGCGGGGGACUGCAGCUGCCAGCAUGACGGACUCACCAUCAUCAUCACUGCCUGCUUGACAUUCGCCACCGGGGUCACCGUGGCGCUCAUCAUGCAGAUCUACUUCGGAGACCCUCAGAUCUUUACCCAGGGGGCCGUGGUGACUGAUGUGGGACGCUGCUCCUCACUGGGGGUGGAGGUGCUGAAGAGGCAGGGCUCCUCUGUGGACGCAGCAAUUGCCUCAGCGUUGUGUAUCGGAAUCAUCAACCCACACGCCUCAGGCAUUGGAGGCGGUGGAUUGAUGUUGGUUCACGACAUCCGAAACAACAAAAGCUGUGUGAUUGACUUCCGGGAGACAGCGCCCUCUGCCAUCCAGGAGGAGAUGCUUCAGUUGAACCUGGAGGAAAAACCAGGUCUGUUGGUGGGUGUGCCGGGCAUGCUCAGAGGGAUGCACCAAGCACAUCAGCUGUAUGGAAAAAUGCCCUGGGUCGAGAUACUAUCCCUGACAGCAGAAGUUGCUCGAGGUGGAUUUAACGUCACUCGCGAUCUAGCUGAUGCAGUCUCAAAAAUGAAGGAGCAGAAUGUGUCAGACUCUUUUCGGGAGAUCUUUAUGCCAGACGGACAACGUCUGCUUCCUGGCUUGCUCAUGAGGCGCUUGGACCUGGCGGACAUCUUGGAUUCAGUUGGAACCAAAGGAGUGGCCGCGUUUUACAGCAGUAAUCUCACACAGGAAAUGAUAGCUGAGGCACGUGAAAGAGGAGGAGUCCUGCAAGAGGAGGAUUUCAGUAACUACAGUGUGAUCAUUGAGAAGCCACUGGAGGGUGUUUACCAGGGUCACCAGAUCCUGGCCCCUCCUCCCCCCCACGCUGGUGCUGCCUUAAUUGCAGCCCUCAAUAUCUUGGAGGGCUUCAACAUCACCAGCCAGGUCCCCAGAAACAGCACUUACCACUGGAUAGCAGAGUCCCUGAAAAUUGCUUUAGCCCUGGCAAGCAACCUGGGAGACCCCGUCUUUGAUUCAACAGUUUUGAAUGCAGUGCAGGAGAUGUUAAAUAAAUCAGAGGCUGGAUUUCUGCGUCAGAGUAUCAGUGAUUCCCAGGCCUUCCCUCCUGGGCACUACACCACCUUCUAUUCCCAGGAGUCGGGGCCCUCCAGCAGCCAGGUUGUGGUCAUGGGACCGGACGACUUUACUGUCUCAGUCAUGAGCUCCCUGAACCGUCCAUUUGGCAGCGGGAUUUUAACUUCCUCUGGGAUUCUCCUAAACAGCCAGAUGCUUGACUUCUCCUGGCAAAACAAAACUGAGAGCUCCGUGCCCCCCUCGCCACGGAACAGCAUCCAGCCAGGGAAGAGGCCUGUGUCCUUCCUCCUCCCUACGGUGGUGCGGCCGACCCACGGUCUGUGUGGGACUUACCUCACCUUGGGGGCCUCCGGUGGGGAACGAGCCAUCAGUAGCAUUGCCCAGGUUUUGUUAAGCGUCUUGUCUUUCCACAAGAACCUGAGCGACAGCUUGUCUCUAGGAAGGCUCCAUCCACAGCUGGAGCCCAGCGUCAUUCAAGUGGACGAUGAAUUUCUAGAGGAAGAUAUUGGGCUCCUUGAGGCCAAGGGUCACGAUGUGAAGAGGGUGGAAGUGCUGUCAUUGGUCGAGGGCACCAGGAGAACAAACGACCUCAUCAUAGGAGUGAAAGACCCGCGGAGUAAGGAUGCGACCGUUGCCACGACAUCCUAGCAAGGCGGGGAAUGCGGAUGAGGGGAGUAAGCACUAUCCGGAUCGAGGGUGGAUGGGUUGAUUUUAUUUAUUGUGAACAACUGCACACAUUUCAGUAUUUACUGUAACUACUCUACACAACCUGCAUUACAAAGGCAUGUCGCACACCAGUAUAAAGUCUUGUGUAGUCUGAGCACUUCCUGAGCUGUAAAUACCACUGGAAAUAAAGUAGACCAUGCCGACCCCCAGUAAUGUGGGAUUAUCCAAGUACUGCUGAGAAUCAGGAUGUAAUGAUGUGAACAUAGAGCUGCUAAACAAACCAUAUUUAAACAUGAACAUCGCAGUGUUUGGAAUGUGAUGAACACAGGAAGGGGUUAUUUUUAUUUAUUUUUUGGCAGAUCAGUGUCGUUUCCUGCUUUUAUACUUUAUCCAACCCAAAGGUAUGUAUAGUAAAUGUGUAUACACCAGUCUUUGUCUAUACAGGAAGUAUCUUGUAUGAUAUGUUUCCACCAAUCAGAAACCAAGAAAAAAAUUCAAGUAUGUAGUCAUUCUUUUAACUGCUUAUUUACCAAAAAAAUUAUUUCUAUCCAAGAUACAGGAUUGUAUGAAAAGAAAAGCAUUAAGGUAAUAGAUUAACAAACCCUGUAGUGCGGAAUGUGGUAGAAAAGACAAUAAUUGUAGUUGGUAGGUUUGGGUGGUGUUGGUUUCUUGUGGAAUCUGGAUACUUUUGCAAACAAAAGUGGUCACCCUUAUGAAACUGAGGCAUCUUCCAGAGGUUGGGAUGUUGGAGGUUUUAGACUGCCGCCAGUACAAGUUGCUGAAUACAUUGUUCAGUAGGCAGAAAAAUACUAAGUGUAGUGUAAGGAAAAGAAAAUAGACGUGUGCACCUCAACAUUUUUUCAUUUAUUUAUGAAAUAAAACCAGUGUUUCUCAUUAAAAACAUUUUUUUUUUUUAAAAAAGCAGCUCCUUUCAACUCUGACUAGAUCAUAAUUCCCAGGCCCUUCUAGUAAUAAACUGAAGAAAAAAAAUCAGGUGUUUUGCAAAAAAAAAAAAGUAUUGCCUUAACAGGUAAUUUUGAGAAACAUUGCUAUAUACUAUACUACUGUAUAUGAGAUUCAUUGGGCAAUACUGACAGCCUGCUCCCUCCCACAAGAUGUGUGCCAAAUUACAUGAAAGGUUUUAACAUUGCAGCAGACUUGAAGCCAAGUGUGUGUGUGUGUAAAGAGUCUGGUGAAGUAGCCCACACUGCAGAUAUAAAACAGUAUGUUAUUGAUGCCUUGACAGAUGUAAUAAUCCACUUGCCCUUUCUUGCAUGGGAAAUUAUAGGCAUUGGUUGACCAAUCCCACUGAAGGUGUUUAAGAGAUUUGAUAAUGUGUUAGAGCUUGGGUCUUUGAUUCUGAUAAGUGGGUGAAGUUUAAAGUUUUGAAUAAAGCUGACACUGACAGAUGGAUUUUGUGACCUGUAAUUUUUAUAUAAUACAGGUGUGUUGUGUUGCCAAAAACUAAAAUGUUUAUUCUUCAUCUCCCUUCUGAGAUUUU